AUGGCCGUGCCUGAGGAAGCGGCAUCCGUGUCCCUUGUGCUGGAGAUGAGUUCCAGCCAAGCUGCGUACCCGUUCACCCCGGCAGAGAAAAGCAACUUGACGGUGGAUGCGGUGAAGCUGCACAAUGAGCUGCAGUCGGGGUCCCUGCGUUUGGAGCGGCCGAGUGACAGCGCUCAGCUCCAUAUGGAGGAGGAUGAUGCUGGUGAGGCUGCCACAGAGAAGUCCUCCGGUACCUUCCUGAGCGGGCUGAGUGACUGCACCAACGUCACCUUCAGCAAGGUGCAGCGCUUCUGGGAGUCCAACUCUGCCGCUCACAAAGAGAUCUGUGCUGUGCUGGCGGCCGUGACGGAGGUGAUCCGCUCGCAGGGGGGCAAGGAGAGCGAGACGGAGUACUUUGGCGCACUGAUGACCACGCUGGAGGCGGUGGAGUCCCCCGAGUCGCUGGCUGCUGUCGCCUACCUGCUCAACCUCGUCCUAAAGCGGGUCCCAAGCCCUGUGCUCAUAAAAAAGUUCUCAGAUGCCUCAAAAGCCUUCAUGGGUAUUGUGUCCUCGCAGGCCUGCAGCAGCUCCACCUCUGCCCUGCGAUGGGUCCUGUCUUGCUUGGCCACACUCCUGCGGAAGCAGGACUUGGCAGCCUGGAGCUACCCUGUCACCCUCCAGGUCUAUCAUGGCUUGCUGAGCUUCUGUGUUCAUACGAAGCCCAAGGUGCGGAAAGCGGCGCAGUACGGCGUGUGCUCUGUCCUGAGGGGCAGCGAGUUCAUGUUUGGAGAUGCAGCCCCUGAGCAUCACCCCGCGGCACCCUCCACCGCCAAGUUCUGCGUGCGGGAGAUCGAAAAAGCUGGAGGCACCAAAGAGGCGACCACCACCCUGCACAUCCUCGCCCUGCUGCGGGACCUGCUGCCCUGCUUCCCUGCGGCCAUGGUGAAGACUUGCUGCGAGACCUUGCUCCGAGUCAUGACCCUCAGCCACGUGCUGGUGACGGCGUGUGCCAUGCAAGCCUUCCACAGCCUCUUCAGCGCCCAGCUGUGGAAGAGGGAGGCUGAAGACAGGGUGCAGUCGCAGCAGCACUGGGCUUCCCCAGGCAGAGCCUUAUUUGGGCUGGUGACGGCGUGUGCCAUGCAAGCCUUCCACAGCCUCUUCAGCGCCCAGGAGCGGGCACACGUCAACCUGGGCAGGCUGCAGAAGGACCUGUGCUGGGCUCACCUGCCCCGGCUCUUCUCGGCCUCCAUGAACUGCUUCCUCUCCCCACACUCCCAGGUGGUGGCGGCAGCGGCGCAGACCCUGGAGGGCCCGUGCAUGACCCUUCUGAGUGAGUGCGUCGCUCCUCACAUGGAUGACCUGGGCACCAUCUCUGCAUCUGCCCCAGCCCCUGCUGCCCAUCUGUGCAAGAUGUUCAGGUCUGUGGAGGAGGGCCUGACGUAUCGUUUCCAUGCAGCGUGGGACGAGGUGCUGCGGGUGCUGGAGGUCUUCUUUGAGACGUGUGGGAAGCAAUGCCACCCCAUCAUGAGGAAGUGUCUCCGGUCCCUGUGUGACCUACGUCUCUCCCCACACUUCCCCUACACUGCUGAAGUGGACCAGGCGGUGGGGGCUGCCGUGAGUGCCAUGGGCCCCGAGGUGCUGCUGGAAGCUGUGCCCCUGGAGAUCGACGGCAAGGAGGAGACGCUGGAUUUCCCCCGCAGCUGGCUCCUGCCAGUGCUGCGGGACUACGUGCAGGGUGCGCGUCUCAGCUUCUUCACCAGCUACUUCUUGCCCUUGGCGGCCACCCUGAAAAGCAGAGGUGAGGAGGGUAGCAUGGCAGGGGUCUCAGCUGGUGCGGUCCUGGGCUCCUGGGAGUGCCAGGGUGCUCAGUGGGACGUCCCUUCCCUCCGUGGGGUCUGGACCCUGCUGCCUGGCUUCUGCACCCACCCCACGGACGUGCUGGGGGCCUUCAAGGGGCUGGCCCGCACCCUGGGCAUGGCCAUCAGCGAGCGCCCGGACCUGCGCCCCACCGUGUGCCAGGCCUUGCGCACCCUCAUCCACAAAGGAUGCGAGACAGAUGCGGAGCGGGCAGAAGUGGGUCGCUUUGCCAAAAAUUUCUUGCCCAUCCUGUUCAAUGUGUACAGCCAGCCCGAGGAAGAUGGGGGCAGCAGCGCUCAGCGCCGCUCUGUGCUGGACACUGUCCGUGCUUAUCUGACCAUCACCGACCCCCAGAUGGUGUGUGGGUUCCUGCAGAAAGCCAGCGAGAAGCUGACCAGUCCUGAGAGCUCUGAGUUUGCCAGACUCUCCAUCCUGGACCUGGUGGUGGCAAUGGCACCCUAUGCUGAUGAGCAGUCCCUGGGCUCCCUGUACCGCACCAUCCAGCCUUCUCUCCAGAGCAAGGAGCGCAGCAUGCAGAAGAAGGCGUACCGCGUGCUGGAGGAGGUGUGUGCCGCUCCCCAUGCCCCCUGCCAGGCCUUCAUCCGCUCCCACCUGCCAGAUCUGCAGGCAGCACUGCUGGACUCGCUCAAAAGUGCGGCGUCCCCGGCCAAGAGGCCCCGGCUGAAGUGCCUGUUCCACAUCGUGAAGCAGCUCUCCGCAGAGCAUGAGCCCUUCAUCACUGCCCUGGUCCCAGAGGUCAUCCUCUGCACCAAGGAGGUGUCAGUGGGGGCCCGCAAGAACGCCUUCGUGCUGCUCGUGGAGAUGGCUCAUGCCUUCAUCCGCUUUGGGCCCACCCCCCAAGAGGCCAUGCAGCGGUUCCUGCUCCUGGUCUACGCGGGGCUCACAGGCUCGGUCACCAUGAUCAGCUGCACAGUGCUGGCACUGACCCGCCUGUUCUUUGAGUUCAAAGAUCACCUGGAGCUGAGCGUGGUGGAGCAGCUCCUGCAGAACGUCUGCCUGCUGUUGGCCUCCCGCACGCGGGACGUGGUGAAGGCAGCCCUGGGCUUCAUCAAGGUCACGCUGCUGCUGGUUGACACCAAGCUGCUGGCCAAGCACGUCCAGGAGAUGCUGGAGGCUGUGGGGAACCUUUCGGAUGACAUGAGACGCCACUUCCGUAUGAAGCUGCGAAACCUCUUCACCAAGUUCAUCCGCAAGUUUGGCUUCGAGCUGGUGAAGGGACUGCUGCCGGCCGAGUACCACAAGGUGCUGGUGAACAUCCGCAAGGCGGAAAGCCGGAGCCGCAAGCAGCGCGCCCUGAGGCAGGCGGCUGCGGAUACAGAUGAAGAGGAGGCACCACCGGCACAGCCCAGAGGAGACAGCAUGGAGGAGAUCCUGGCUGACUCAGAGGACGAGGAGGAGGAAGAGGAGGAACGGCAGCGGAGCAAGGAGUGGAGGAAGCAAGCACGGCAGAAGGGGCAGGCCUGGCUGAAGGAAGGGGAAGAGGAUGAGCCCCUCAACUUCCUGGACCCCAACGUGUCCCAGCGGGUGCUGGCCACCAAGCCAGGCCCCAGGCGUUCCAGAGGAGUGAGCCACAACUUCCAGGUGUCUGAGGACGGGCGCCUGAUCAUCCAUGAAGAGGAGGAGGAGGUGGACGGUGAUGAAGCCAAAGGAGCAGACGAGGAGAUGGCAGACGUGCUGCAAGAUGUGGGUCUCCGCAGUAAGAAAAACCAGAAGCGUCGGUUCAGAGAAGAGCCAGAUGAUGAGGAACCCGACGGCACCUACCCUCAGUACAGAGCUGGAGGCUCUGGGAUCCACCGGCAGCUGGACAAGGAGCCAGCCUUCGGUGCGGAGUACAGAUCCAAGAAAGGCAAAGGCGAUGUGAAGAAGAAGGGCCAGCUCGACCCCUACGCCUACAUCCCCCUGAACAGAGCUAGACUCAACAAAAGGAAGCGGGCGAAAAUGCAGGGCCAGUUCAAGGGCCUGAUGAAGGGUGCCCAGCGUGGGGCCAAGGCUGGCCGCAGGAAACGUCUGAAGGCCCAGCGCCCCUGA